AUGAGCGACGAGCUCGCCCCGAAGCAGCGCGUGAUCAUUCGCGGUCUCACCGCCGAGCACUUCAACGGGCUCGAGGGCCGACUUCUCCGCUUCGACGACAAGCUCGGGCGGUGGAAAGUGCGCGUCGGCGCAGUGGCCGGCGAGGAGAGACUCACGCUCGCCCUGAAGCGCGAGAACCUGGAGCGGCUUGGCGGCGGCGGCGCCAGCAGUGGCGGCGACGCGAGCAGCAGCGGUUGCAGCGGCGGCGGCGCCAGCAGCAGCGGUGCAGAAAGUAGCGCUCGCGGCGGGAGCGGCAGUGGCGGCGGCGGCACCAACAGUUGCGGCGGGAGCGGCGGCGGGAGCGGCGGCGGGAGCGGCGAUUGCAGAAGUGGCGGCGGCGGCAGUGGCAGCUCGGGCGUGCACGACGGCAGCGGGAGCGCCGAGUCGGGCGGCGGCAGCGGUGCUUUGGCGGCGGUGGCGGAGGGGGCGGGCGGGGCGGCGGUGGAGGAGGGGGGCGGCUUGGCGGAGGAGGCGGUCACGGGCGGCUUGGCGGAGGAGUCGGGCGGCUUGGCGGCGGUGGAGGAGGGGAGCGGCUCUGCGGUGGAGGGAGCGGCGGCGUGCGCCCGGGCGGUCGCCGCUGCGUCUGAGGCGGGCGACGGCAGCCCGGCUGCUGAUCCCAAGCGGCUGCAACGAACGAUCGGCGGCGGCGGCGGCGGCAGUAGCAGCUCGGGCACGCCCGAGUCUGGCGGGGGCAGCGCUUUGGCUGGGGCGGUGGAGGAGGGGUUCGGCUUGGCGGAGGCGGUCGCUGCGGCGGGCGAGCUCUCAAGCGGUGGCGCGGCUGCUGGCUCAUCUGACUCAUCGGGCUCGCAGCACCCCCGCGCCCCCGCGCUUCCGCCGGGGUGGAGCAAGAUCACCGACUACGGCAAGGUCAAGGGCUACCGCGGGCCGGCCGGCGAGCGCGUCACUACGAGGAAGGAGGCGUGGCGCCGGCACGAGGCGGCGGCGGAGGAGGCGGGCACGGAGGCGGGUGCGGAGGCGGAGGCGGAGGCGGAGGCGGAGGCGGAGGCGGAGGCGGAGGCGGAGGCGGAGGCGGCGGCGCCUACCGAGGCCGUGAUGGCCGAGGGUGCGGGCCUGCGAUUGCACCUCUCCAGCAGCAGCAGCACCGGCUACAAGGGAGUGUCGCAGGUUGCCUCUGGCCGCUUCCAAGCGUGCCACUGGGUGCACGGAAGGUGUGACUGCCUCGGAACCUUCGACACGGCGGUGGAGGCGGCGGUGGCGUAUGCGCGGGCGGCCGGCGAGUACCAGCCUCCUGCUCAUCCUCCUCCGACAGUGGCGACAGAGGCGGAGGGGCUGCGGCUGCACCUCUCGAGCAGCAGCAGCACCGGCUACAAGAGCGUGGGCAAGCUGCCCUCUGGCCGCUACCGGGCGGAGCACUACGUGGACGGACGGCGUGACUCCCUCGGCUGCUUCGACACGGCGGUGGAGGCGGCGGCGGCGUACGCGCGGGCGGCCGGCGCUGCGCCUGAGACUGGCGAGGGCGGUUUGUAUGCCAAGCGGCAGCGCACGAGCAGCAGCGGCGGCGGCGGCAGCAGUAGCUCGGAUGGGGUGACGGAGGAGGCGCCUGCCGAGGCGGUGGCGGAGGAGGCGGGGGGCAUGCGCUUGCACCUCUCCAGCAGCAGUGCCACUGGGUACAAAGGCGUCUACAAAGGCGACGCCACCGGAUACAAAGGCCGCUUCCUUGUGAAGCACUACGUGGACGGAAGGUGUGACUGCCUCGGCGCCUUCGACUCGGCGGUGGAGGCGGCGGUGGCGUACGCGCGGGCGGUCGCGGAGGCGUCUCGAGCUUCCGCCCGCCCGGCCAGCGCUGCGUGUGAUGAGGCGGACGACGGCAGCGGCCCAGCCCCGGAGGCCAAGCGGCAGCGCACGGCCCCCGCCGCCGUGCCCACGUGCCUCUCCGACUUCCCGCCGCACGGGUGCGAGGUGCUGAUCGCGCGCCGCGACGGAGAGCCCCUCUACUGCGGCGUCGUCGGCCACACGGCGGACAGCCUGCUGCUGGUCCAUGCGGACAGCCUGCUGCUGGUCGAUGCGGACAGCCUGCUGCUGGUCGAUGUGCCCGGCGAGGCGGGCCCCGUUGCCAGGUCCGUCCACGGGCUACGGACCGGGCUGGGCGCAGCAGAGACGCGGCCGCUCGUCCGCCCUCUCGCGCACCUCCCGAGCCGCCCUCUCGCGGCGCAGGUCGCUGCAGCCGACCCGCACGCGAUGCUUGCGCCGCCGCCGCCGCCUCCACGGCAAGGCGGCGGCGGCAGCAGCGGCGGCGGCGGCGGCGGCGGCGGCAGCAGUGGCGGCGGCAGCAGCAGUGGCGGCGGCGGUGCCUGCAGAAGAGAUGGCGGUGCCGCUGCAUGCAGCUACCUGCCACCGUCGGCCGCCUCGGCACGGCUAGGGUACGAGGACGUCAACGAGUCUGGUAACUUCGUGCUGUCUGCGUGCGGCACGCGGCGGGUGGCAGUGAGGUACGCACCGCACGAGGCGCUCUCCGCAGAGCUGGCGGAGCGGGUGGUGGAGUACGGCAAGCUGCGCGCGUUCGAGACGAGCGACGGGCGCGGCUGGGGUUUGUGCUGCGCGCGGCGUCUGCGCCGAGGCGACGUCGUCGUCGAGGCGGUCGACCAGACGGAGUACGUCGUCUCGUUCGACGACGAGACGCUCGAGCGCAAGCGGGCGGCGGGGGACGACCGGGGCGGGCUGCCCCGCCGCGCCUUCCUCGUCGCCACCGCCGACGUCCCCGCCUACGCCGAGCUGACUUGGUCGUACGGACAGCACUACCCCCGCCCGUGGCUGCCGGGCCGAGGGCCGGGCCGAGGCGACGGCAAGGCGCGCGCGAUGCCGCCGGCCGUGGGCGUGGCCGAGGGCGUGGCCGAGGAGGCGGAGGGCUUGCGGCUGCACCUCUCCAGCAGCAACGCCACUGGGUACAGGGGCGUGUAUGAGUACUCCACUGGCCGCUUCCAAGCGCAGCACUACGUGGACGGACGGCGUGACUCCCUCGGCUGCUUCGACACGGCGGUGGAGGCGGCGGCGGCGUACGCGCGGGCGGCCGCGGCGCCGGCAGACUCGUCCUGGUCCAGCGGCGGCUCUUCGGCGGCCGAGCCAUCGACGUCUGCGGCAGAGUUCGAGGUGGAUCGCAUCCUGUCGGAGAGGCGGAGGGCGGGCGCCCCAGAGUACCUCGUCGCGUGGAAGGCGGGCCAGCCGACGUGGGAGCCGGCGUCCAACCUGGCGGACGAGGACGGCACGGUCUGCGCGGCGCUCCUCUCGUGGCAGGCGGGGGAGGCGGCCGCCAGUUCGCCGCCGUACGCAGAGGUGCCGCCGCAGCAACCAGACGGCCCGCCGCCGCUCGGCAUGCCUCCGGUCGUGCGGGCCCUCGAGGGCGUCGGGCUGCAGGUGUACGCGGGCGUGUUUGAGGACCUGGGCUACGACGACUUGCGGUACCUCCUCGGGAUGGACGCGGCGGAGCGGGCCCAGGUCGCCGAGAGCGUUGCGAUGAAGCGCGGGCACGCCGAGAAGUUUGCCCGGUGGGGCUUCUCCAUCCCAAUCGCAGACGCGUAG